AUGGAGUUUAUGAUUGGCGCGCCCCCAGCAGCGCGCAACCCAGAAUGUGGCACUGGUAACAGACGUACAGUAGGUACCUGGUUCAAGGAGCGGACGAAGCCUAGGAUCACCGCCGCAACAAUGUGCCAGCCCACUCACUCGCUAUCGAAGCUUGCAAAACUCGGGUUUCUUAUCAACGAGAUGGUAAUUGCUAUUAUGUAA